AUGUCGGCCUCGGGCAAUAACAUGUUGACCAAGUUCGAGUCAAAGUCUUCGCGCGCAAAGGGCAUUGCCUUCCACCCCAAGAGGCCAUGGAUUCUCGUCGCCCUCCACUCGUCUACAAUCCAGCUCUGGGACUACCGCAUGGGAACUCUCAUCGACCGAUUCGAGGAACACGAUGGCCCCGUUCGCGGAAUUGACUUCCACAAGACCCAGCCCCUCUUCGUCUCGGGCGGUGACGACUACAAGAUCAAGGUUUGGUCGUAUCAGACCCGUCGUUGUCUCUUCACCCUCAGCGGCCAUCUCGAUUAUGUUCGCACCGUCUUCUUUCACCACGAGCUCCCGUGGAUCAUCUCCUCUUCCGACGACCAGACGAUUAGAAUAUGGAACUGGCAGAAUCGCUCCCUGAUUUGCACCAUGACGGGCCACAACCACUACACCAUGUGCGCUCAAUUCCACCCCAAGGAGGACCUCGUCGUUUCUGCCUCUCUCGACCAGUCUGUCCGUGUCUGGGACAUUUCCGGCCUGCGUAAGAAGCACUCCGCCCCGACCUCCAUGACAUUCGAAGACCAAGUCGCCCGAGCGAAUCAGAACCAGGCCGACAUGUUUGGCAACACCGAUGCUGUUGUCAAGUUUGUACUCGAGGGUCACGACCGUGGUGUCAACUGGGUCGCCUUCCACCCUACAAUGCCCCUCAUUGUGUCCGCGGGCGACGAUCGUCUUGUCAAGCUCUGGCGCAUGAGCGAAACGAAAGCCUGGGAAGUCGAUACUUGCCGUGGCCAUUUCCAGAACGCCUCGGGUUGUCUUUUCCACCCUCACCAGGAUCUGAUUCUCUCCGUGGGAGAGGAUAAGACCGUUCGGGUAUGGGACCUCAACAAGAGGACAGCAGUGCAGACCUUCAAGCGCGAGAACGACAGAUUCUGGGUUAUUGCUGCCCAUCCCGAGAUCAACCUCUUUGCGGCGGGUCACGAUAACGGCGUGAUGGUCUUCAAGCUCGAACGAGAGCGCCCGGCCUCAGCGGUGUACCAGAACAACCUCUUCUACAUCAACAAGGAGAAGCACGUCAAGUCUUUCGAUUUCCAGAAGAGCAUCGAAAGCCCGACUCUAUUGUCUCUCAAGAAGCUGGGCAGCCCUUGGUCGCCUCCACGAACGAUCUCAUAUAACCCUGCCGAGCGCUCUGUCCUAGUUACGUCAACAACUGACAGCGGCUCCUACGAGCUUAUCAGCCUCCCCAAGGAUAGCUCUGGUGCUAUUGAACCGACCGAGUCUAAGCGCGGCUCUGGAAACUCCGCCAUUUUUGUCGCGAGAAACCGCUUUGCGGUUCUAAGUGUGGCCUCCCAGACCAUCGACAUCAAGGACCUCGCGAACAAUGUCACCCGGUCUUUCAAGCCCCCUGUUGGUACGACUGACAUUUAUUUUGGCGGCACCGGCAACCUCCUGAUCAUCAACCCCACACACGUUCAUCUUUAUGAUAUUCAGCAGAAAAAGAGUGUUGCCGAGCUCGCCGUCACCGGUGUCAAGUACGUUGUGUGGUCUAAUGACGGUCUCUAUGCUGCGCUUCUCAGCAAGCACAACGUGACCAUUGUCACCAAGUCGCUCGAGCAGGUCAGCACCCUUCACGAGACCAUCAGGAUCAAGAGUGCCACCUGGGAUGAUACUGGCGUUCUUCUCUACUCGACUCUGAACCACAUCAAGUACACUUUGAUGAAUGGCGACAAUGGCAUUGUGCGUACACUUGACCAGACUGUCUACCUCGUCCGCGUCAAGGGUCGCAACGUGUACUGCUUGGAUCGUGCUGCCAAACCUAAGGUUCUGCAAAUCGAUCCUACUGAGUACCGCUUCAAGCUUGCUCUUGUGAAGAGGAACUACGAGGAGAUGCUUCACAUUAUCAAGAACUCCAGUCUUGUGGGGCAGUCUAUCAUCUCGUACCUGCAAAAGAAGGGGUAUCCAGAUAUUGCCCUGCAGUUUGUCGAGGACCCUGCCACCCGAUUCGAACUCGCGAUCGAGUGUGGUAACCUUGAUGUUGCUGUCGAGGUAGCCAAGGAACUGGAUCGACCCAAGCUCUGGACACGUUUGAGCACCGAGGCUCUUUCCCAUGGAAACCACCAGAUUGUCGAGAUGUGCUACCAGAAGCUCAAGCAGUUCGACAAGCUGUCCUUCUUGUAUCUUUCUACCGGCGACCACUCCAAGUUGGCUCGUAUGGCCAAGAUUGCAGAGCACCGUGGCGACUUCACUUCCCGUUUCCAGAACGCCCUAUACCUCGGCGAGGUUGAGGACAGAAUUCAGAUGUUCAAGGAAAUUGAUCUCUACCAGCUCACCAUGCCUUCAAUCGGAGAGCCUUUGUCGCCCCCAAAGCCGGUCGUGCCAACCUACAAGGCCAACUGGCCCACCAAGCCAACCUCACAGUCGAUCUUCGAAACUGCGCUCAACGACCCGGCUGGCGGUGCUCUGGAGGAGGCCACAGCCGGAGUUGACGAAUUUGGUCUUGAUGAAGCUGGUGACAGCACUGCCAAACGCAACGGCAACCUAAUUGAUGUCGAUGACGAUGAGGACGCUGCCGGCUGGGACAUGGGCGACGAUGUCGUUCCCGAAGUCGAGGGCGACUUUGUCAACGUUGAAAGCGCUGACGCCGGCGGUGCUGCCAGCAGCGAGGCCGACCUCUGGGCUCGCAACUCGCCAUUAGCUGUGGACCACGUCGCCGGUGGUUCUUACGAGACUGCGAUGCAACUACUGAACCGACAGGUCGGUGCCGUCAACUUUGCGCCCUUGAAGCCUCGGUUCCUCGAAGUAUACCAGGCCUCCAAAACAUACCUGCCCGCGUCGGCAGGUUUGCCUCCUCUCGUCAACUAUGUGCGUCGCACCGUCGAGGAGACGGACCCAAGGAAGGUUCUUCCCAUUGUGCCACGCGAUCUAGAAUUCCUUGCCACAAACGAUUUGCAAAAGGGCUAUGAUUCGAUGAAAACGAACAAGCUGGAGCAGGGCCUCAAGAUUUUCAAGGGUAUCCUGCACACCAUCCUCGUCAACGCUGUCUCGAGUGAAAGCGAGGUGGCUGAGGCUAAGAAGCUCAUUACCUCGGCCAGCGAGUACGCCGUCGCUAUGGCGGUCGAGCUCGGGCGCCGAGAGCUCGGGGCUCCCGAUGUCGUGUCGCAAAAACCCGAGCUUCUCAAGCGCAGCCUUGAGCUUUCGGCGUACUUCACUAUCCCCAAGAUUGAGGUCCCUCACAGGCAACUCGCACUGCUGAGUGCCAUGCAGCUGGCGGUUAAGAACAAGAACUACAGUUCUGCACUUAGCUUCGCGAACAGGAUCAUCGCCAACGGUGGCGCCACCAAGAUCAUUGAAAACGCCAAGAGGAUCAAGGCUCAGUGCGAGCGUAACCCCCACGACUCGAUCGAACUUGAGUUUGACCAGUUCGCCGAGUUCGAGGUGUGCGCUGCCAGCCACACGCCAAUCUACAGCGGCACGGCGUACGAGGAGUGUGCGUUUGACGGCUCCAAGUACCACAGCAAGUACAAGGGAAGCGUGUGCAGGGUAUGCGAGGUCUGUGAGAUUGGCAAGCAUGGUAGCGGGUUGAAGCUUUUCGCAUAA